UAAAUGACAUAGAGGGGAAGAUGGCGAAAAUCCAACAUAGAGGAACUGCCUGGUCAACGUCAAACCCGGAAGGGGUAUUUCUGUAAAUUCGACGUGUAGGGUCGUCUCUUUUGUUAUAACAUUAUAUAAACCAAUGCAUAUGUAUCUAAAAAUGGUGUCAGAUUGAUUGAUAAAGCAAGAAGAUGAUUACCAGAGUUUGUAGCUUCCAUAAUUCUGUCAGCCUGUUUUCGAUUCGUUUCUUCUUCUUCUUCUUCCUCCUUUUCGGCCAUGGAUUUCCGAUGGUAGUCGAAUAUGCAGAAGGCGAGACCCCGUUAUCCGAUCUUUUGGGUCGAGAUGAUUGGAGACAGAUAGCUGGAUAUGGCGAGGAGAGACUGUCCACAGUUUUGGUCACAGGCUCUGUUCUUUGUGAAGCUUGUUUGCAUGGUGAUGAACAUCAAGUUCAUGCAUGGCCUAUUGAAGGUGCCAUGGUGGGUGUGAAUUGCAAGAACACUGGAAAAAACAGCAAAUCUUAUGAAUGGGUUAAUGGAGUUACCGAUGAAUUUGGAGACUUUGUUAUUGAUAUUCCAUCCCAUCUUCAUGCAACCAGCAGCUUCGAAAAGGCCUGUUCUAUCAAGAUUCUUCGGACACCGAAGAACACACGCUGUCGACCUGCUCAUUUAGCUGGCAGUGAACAGCUGCAAUUAUCGUCGUUCGGAGGUGGCAUAAGGACAUAUACUUCUGGCAUCCUUAGGCUGCAGCACCAAACAUCUCGACCUCUGCAAGCUUGUAUAAGAGGGGAGGAUUAACCAUCAGACCACAAGAGAAGCCUAGUAAAGUGAAGUAAUUGGUUACAGACCAGAAUAUAUGGCUCAUGUAGAUGGCGCUGAGUCACAAUGAUGAGUUAUUCGUUCAUAGUUAGCACGAUAAAUCGAGCUUGCAUAAAUAUGUAUCGUUUGUGUAUAAAAACAUCUAGAUUAUGUAAUACCGCAAUCUAUUUCAUACCAAAUACGACAGAUGCUGCAUCGAGUCUU